AAGGAGAGACAGGGUGGUGGGCAAGUGGGGGAGAAGGACAGAGCUAGGGAGAGGGAAGGACGAAGGAGAGAGGAGGAGAGAGGCAGAGAGCCGGCCAGCCAGCCGCACACACAAGGAGAAGGGGUGGCCCAUGGGGAGGGCGGUGGGCGUCUGAGCUCCCCCUCUCCCUCACCCCCACCUGCGCCCCGGGGACCUCGCUAGUCCAGUCCGCACAGAGGCCGUGGGGCGUGGGGGGAUGGCCGACUCGUGCAGGAACCUCACCUACGUGCGGGACUCGGUGGGCCCGGCCACCAGCACCCUGAUGUUCGUGGCGGGCGUGGUGGGCAACGGGCUGGCCCUGGGCAUCUUGGGGGCGCGGCGACGCUCACGUCCCUCGGCCUUCGCUGUGCUGGUCACUGGGCUGGCGGUCACCGACCUGCUGGGCACUUGCUUCCUGAGCCCGGCCGUGUUCGUGGCCUACGCCCGCAACAGCUCACUGCUGGGCCUGGCCCGGGGCCGGCCCGCCCUGUGCGACGCCUUCGCCUUCGCCAUGACCUUCUUCGGCCUGGCCUCCAUGCUCAUCCUCUUUGCCAUGGCCGUGGAGCGCUGUCUGGCGCUCAGCCACCCCUACGUGUACACACAGCUGGACGGGCCACGCUGCGCCCGCCUGGCCCUGCCUGCCGUCUAUGCCUUCUGCGGCCUCUUCUGCGCGCUGCCCCUGCUGGGCCUGGGCCAGCACCAGCAGUACUGCCCGGGAAGCUGGUGCUUCAUCCGCAUGCGCUCCACGGAGGCCGGUGGCCGCGCCUUCUCACUGGCCUAUGCCAGCCUCAUGGCCCUGCUGGUGGCCGCCAUCGUGCUGUGCAACAGCUCCGUCACCCUGAGCCUCUGUCGCAUGCACCGCCAGCAGAUGCGCCACCAGGGCCCCCCGGUCCCCGGGCCCCGGGCGGGAGAGGACGAGGUGGACCACCUCAUUCUGCUGGCCCUCAUGACGGUCAUCAUGGCCGUGUGCUCCCUGCCCCUCACGAUCCGAGGCUUCACGCAGGCCAUCGCCCCAGACAGCAGUGAGAUGGGGGACCUCCGUGCCUUCCGAUUCAACGCCUUCAACCCCAUCCUGGACCCCUGGGUCUUCAUCCUCUUCCGCAAGGCUGUCUUCCAGAGGCUCAGGCUGUGGUUCUGCUGCCUGGGUCCCAGGCCUACCCACGGCAACUCGCAGGCACCCCACUCCCGGUCCGUCUCUGGGAGGAAGGACUCAAGGGCUCCCGCCACUCCCAGGGGGAAGGAGGGGAGCCGGGUACCUUUGUCAGCCUGGGGCGAGGGGCCGGGGGCACCCGGGCCCCAGGUGCAGCGAGCUGGCAGCACUGUGGGUACAUCAACCAAAAUGGGGUCGGCAGCCGGCUGCUCCCUCUGCUGACAUCGGCUGCCUGUGAUCUCCUGCCCCCGGCUGCUGGGAGCCGGAGCCCGACGCUCAGGGCCGUGGCUAUCUGUGGAUGAGCGGAAGUGAGCCCCCGGAGUCCUUGCCUGCCGGAAUCCUGACCCCCCUGAACGCAGGGGGGGCAAUCAGCUGCUAUUUCCCUGUUUCUC